AGUACUUUCGAUAAUUUCGGUGAAGGUAGUCCCCACUGUGAGAAUGGUCGAAGGGGGAAGAAGAAGACGAAGGUGAGGUUUGAAUUGAGGGAUAAGGCUAAAAUCUGCAGAACCUUCUUCCAUCUCUGCACAUGGCUACUUCCAUUAACAGCUGUGGUUUGGGAUGGAAAUCUUCCUCCUUGUUUGCACACUCAACUUCUACUGGCUUCAAUUUGAUUUCUCCUUCUUUCAAACCAAAACCCAAGUUUUCUCUCACUUGCUCCGCUGCCUCCUCUUCUUCUGAUCCGCUCUUGGUUAAGGCUGCUAGGGGAGAUCCUGUUAGUCGUCCUCCAGCAUGGAUGAUGCGCCAGGCGGGAAGGUACAUGGCUGUUUACAGAAAGCUUGCUGAGAAGCAUCCCUCAUUUCGAGAGAGAUCAGAGACAACUGAUCUCAUUGUGGAAAUUUCUUUGCAGCCUUGGAAAGCUUUCAGGCCUGAUGGAGUGAUUAUUUUCUCUGACAUCCUUACACCUCUACCUGCAUUUGGAAUUGAAUUUGACAUAGAAGAUGUAAGGGGACCUGUUAUACAGUCACCUAUUCGCUCUGAGGAGGGAUUAAAGGCUUUGCACUCAAUCGACUUGGACAGACUUAGAUUUGUUGGAGAUUCACUUAAGCUCCUGCGCCAGGAGGUUGGUGGUCAUGCUGCCGUUUUGGGUUUUGUGGGAGCACCUUGGACAUUGGCAACAUAUAUAGUGGAAGGGGGUACGACACGCACUUACACAACCAUUAAGAGCAUGUGCCAUACAGCACCAGACAUAUUGAGGACUCUGCUUUCUCAUUUGUCACAGGCGAUAGCAGAUUACAUUGUUUUCCAAGUUGAAUCUGGGGCUCACUGCAUACAAAUAUUUGAUUCUUGGGGUGGACAAUUACCACCUAGUAUGUGGGAAAGCUGGUCAAAGCCUUAUAUCACCGAGAUUGUAAAAGUGGUCAAGAAAAAAUGCCCCGAGACACCAAUCGUUCUUUAUAUAAAUGGAAAUGGCGGCCUUCUCGAGCGUAUGGUAGACACUGGAGUUGAUGUUAUUGGACUAGACUGGACAGUGGAUAAGGCAGAUGGAAGAAGAAGAUUGGGUAGUGGGAUAGGUGUGCAGGGAAAUGUGGACCCUGCCUCCCUAUUCUCCCCUCUUUCUUCCCUUACUGAAGAAAUUCAGAGGGUUGUGAAGUGUGCGGGGCCUAGAGGGCACAUCCUUAAUCUUGGGCACGGUGUUCUUGUUGGCACACCUGAAGAAGCUGUUGCACAUUUCUUUGAAGUAGCAAGGAGCUUGAAAUUCGACACACACUUUCAGAAUACAACUGCAAAUGAUCCUGAACUUGUAAUUUAAUGACAAAUGCUGCUAGUGGUGGAGUGCAAGCCCUUCUCUAGAAGAGUGCAAGCUUAGUUGUGAUGAUCAAAGUUAUGAGGAUUUGCACAUUGUUGUGCCGGCGGCUAACCGAUGAAACUAGACAAAUAUGUGAUUUUCCAGUAUGCAUAAAUUAAGUAGAGGAUUCCUUCCUAUUGUUUAUUUUUGGAUUCUUACAACUGGAAACUCAUGUUGCAGUUUUCAAUUAAGGUAUAAGAAGCCAUUCUAAGGACAAUGACUAGGCUAACAACACAUUGAUUGUAGACGUGAGCAUUUUUCGAGUGGUUGAAGAGUUUAUCCCUCUCACUGCAGUGAAUUCUCCGGGGAAGAGGAGGGGUAGGAAGUCAGUAGCCAGUAUUGCUUAGACAGAAGUUUAGGAGGGCAUUUCUGUUGUGUGAGUAAAGUGUCAUUGUUGGAAUGCAAUAUUGUAGAACUGUUUAGGGUCACAGACCAAGUUCCAUGGUUUGUUUGUAGAGUCUGGAUGUUGUCAUGUUGGAUUGUUUUAACUUUUCAAAUCUUCUAAGAGGGUACUUAAUUAACUACGUA